GAAUCAAGCAACAUCGCAAGCGGCAGCGGCAUUAUCGGUGGUUGCUGCAAUGCGUACAUUUGCAGAACAGACUAAUGCCCUGGGCCUAGAGGGACUCCGGAAUAAUUUUGUUAAACUACAAGCACGCGGGCCACAUCCGCUCCAUUACUCAAGUAAUGCGCAGAAGUUGAACCGCAACAAAUGCCGCUAUAAUGGUAAUUGCUAACA